AUUUGUAGUGAAGCACUUACAUGAAGGCAUUAGAGCUGGAGAUGAGACGGGGCAUCUUAAGAAUGCAUCUGAUUUUUGUGGUGUUGAAUACAGCUGUCUGGAUGUAUAUGUAUCACUAUGGGGAGCAGACCAUCCUCUACUUACACAGGAACCAAUGGGACGGUGACCAAUCAAGCUGAGGUUCUCUUAAGAACUGAAAAUAAUCAACUGAAAGAAAAAAUCAAAGCCUUUGAAAAACUUGAACCAGACAAGCUUAAACAGGAGAAUGAAGAGCUAAAAAGGUUGAACAAAGAUCUGUACAGUGAGCUAGAAAUUCUUCGUGAAUCAAUCUCCCGAAAGUCAAAUGAUAAUUUAUCAGAGCAAGCAAAGAAAUCACAACAUGGUAGCAAAGACACAAAGGAAAAACAACGAUCAACUAGAAGAAUCAAUUCUAACCUUACGCCCCAAAGAAUGAGUGACAUCGACGCUUACGGUCAAGGAAUACCCUUAGAGAAGCAUCCUCCUAUUAAAAUCAAAAGUCGUCGUAAAAGGGAAAAGAGAGGGAGUGCAACUGAAGGAGACGAUUCCAAACCCAAAUCGUCAAUAGAGACAAAGGAAGACCAAUCACAGGGCACAAGCAAGAUAAAUGCUCAGGGGCAUCUUGAGCAACCUGAGAGUUUAACCCCGGAUAAGGAUCCUGACGGAACAACGUGUAACGUUAACGCCGAGCAGCAGAUGACCAUUGAUUCCGGACAGUCCUUAGAAAAUGCCACGCCAUGUCUGUCAGCUGACGAGGAUAACAGAUCAUGUCAAGAAAGCGACUUACUGUAAUAAAUGAGUGACAACACGUGUCUCUGGAGGGAUUUUAUCUGAGGGAUAUAAAGUAUCAAAGAAACUUAGUAUUCAAAAAUACAUUCCAUAUUUUUAUGAGAAUAUGCGGGAAAUGAUCAAUAUAUUACAAAGGCUUAACUGGGUCAAUUUGUCCCAAGACCAGAACAUGUACUUCACACGAUACUGUAAUCUAUGUUGCUGAACUUUGGGUGGAAAUUUUCAUUUGUUAAAGAAUGGAAGGAUUGCGCGAAGACUGCUUUUUUCUUUAUCUUUCACUUGUUCCAACGACUCAAGGAUCAACAGGCUACCAGAGCAUGCCCAUGUAUUGAUGACGUCACUUCAGAUGGGUAUUACAUGUGACCUUUCCCGAGACAGCUAGCUGGAGCAUAGCAUAAAAAGAAAGCACACUCGUAAACAAAGCGUUUCGUUAUCGGUACACAGUUCUUUCAGAAAGCAUCCACGAUUGUCCAACCGGCAGAAUGAUGCUUAUUGCUUAAAAACAGGAAACAAAGAAGAGCUGUAGUGUUUAUUUUAUCAUAAGUUUCUCCUUUUAUUGACUAAACAAGAAAACCAAUCAAGACAAAAGUAUGUAAUACACCACUCAGCAUUUACCUUUUAUUUGUCACUAUGAUGUAUAUAUUACUUGCUAUUCCAUACUAAUUUACUCUGCAUGUACAAAUUUCAAUCCACCACCCUGAUAAAACAAGUGACGUCUACGGCUUACGAACAAAUUACUGAGACUGGCUGAUAUAAUCUGCUAUUUUGAAUCCAACAGUUUCGAAAUGUAAUUCUUAUUUGAUUCAUCCCCACGGUAAUUUCAUGACUAUAAUCUUAAAUGUUCGGAGGACUUUUAAGAAUCCAACUACAAAAGAAAAACAAAAAAUUGGUACGUUCGAACAUUCAUCGAAUGUUUAUUUUUAAAAGAAAUGAAUUUAACAUCAAUCGUUCAUUCACCACCUAAGUUUUUUUCAAGUUUUAUAGUACGCACAGUCUGUAUAUUCGUAUACUUCGCAAAUUCAAAAUUUAUUAAGACGUGUUUUCAUGAAAGUUUGUUUUGAGGUGAAAAUGCAUAAUUUAAACAUGCACC